GGUCAUGGGCAGCGCGGUGCGCCCCUUGCUGGAUGAGGAGCCCAGCAUGGCACGGGCCGUGGUCCGCAGCGCGGGGAGCUUCUCCCUGGGCUUAGUGCUGGCCACGGCCUAUGGGCUCCUGGAGCUGCUGGUGGAAGGGCACAGCCCCUGGGGCUGCCUGGUGACCACCCUCACUCUGGCGGCCUGCCUUAGCCUGGGCAUGGGGUUCUCCCGCCAGGUCCGCGUCUCCGUCUUCCUGCUGCUGCCCCAGGCCUUCUCCAAGCAGGGCCGGACGCUGCUGUUGGUGGCCGCCUUCGGGCUGGUGCUGCAAGGACCUUGUGCCAACACUCUGCGCAACUUCACCCGGGCCAGCGAGGCCGUAGCCUGCGGGGCAGAGCUGGCCCUGAACCAGACGGCGGCGCUGCUGGAGCGGGCCAAACAGCCCCUCGUCAGUGCCCUGAGCAAGAUUAAAGCUCUUGCCCAGAAGGCCAAGGAGGUGGCGGACCGGGUCCGCAAGUUCUUCCGGUCAGUCAUGGAUGGCGUGAAGCAUAUAGCCAGGGCCCUCCGGAACGUGUGGUACUGGCUUCUGCACAUCGGCGACGUGUGCAACGCGGAGCUCGGCAGCCCGUACUCCAAGUGCGCGCGCGUGUUCGACGACGCCAAGGACAGCUGCAUGAGGGUCGUCCCACAGGCCUACUACCUGUGCUACGUGCUCAUGCCCUUCAGGCUGGUGCUCUGUGGACUUGCCAGACUGGUCCAGGUGUUCUGCGUCAUCCCCAAGUACAUCCAGCCUUUCUUGCGCAUGACCAUUGGCACCCGUGAGUGGCCCUCUCCGCCUCUGCCACCUGUGAUGAAGCUGAUUAACCGGGUGCGUCGGGAGUUUGAGUUCAAUGUGACAGCCACCCACUACUUCUCUGUGGACCUCAACGCUUCACGGAGCCUGUCGCAGGUGGCCCUGGACCUGCAUGAGGCUAUCAGCAUGAAGCUGCACCGCGCCCGGGAGGCCCUGGCCCUGCUGGGCUACACCACGCCUCUGCUCCUCACGCUCCUCUACCUCCAAGCCCUGUUUUACCGGUACUGCUACCUGAACUGGGACAGCUUCGACAAUAUCUACAUCACCCGCCGGUUCCUGCACCUGGAGGCCGUCCGCGCCGGGGCAGGGCUGCCCACGGUGCUGCCGCUCAGCGCUCACGAGGCCCGGCGCUACAUCCUGCCGAGCUCCUUCUUCCUGUCUCGAUGGGAGCGGAUUUUUUGCAUCCUGGAGACCUUCAGCUUCGCCCGACACCUGCUCCUCGUGCUGCUCCUGGUCUUCCUGGACUAUGCCGUCUUCUGGGUGCUUGACCUGGCCCGCCACCAGCUGCAGGGGGAGGUCGUGGCCCGCAGCCCCGUGGUAAUAUCGAUCAGCGUGGAAGGGACCGGCUACACCGGGAAUAUUUACCGGGACUUGGUGUCGGCAUUUAACGUCCUGCAACAAGGCAACGUCAGCAUCCUGUCCCGGCGCUGCCUCCUGCGACCCUCGGAGCCUGACGCCACUGGUUACAUAGUCAUCGGCGCCAUGUACGGCCUGUGCUUCUUCGUCACUCUGUUUGGCAACUACAUCUGCCGGCUGCGACGCGCCAUCUGUGCUUCCUACUACCCUGCCCGGGAGCAGGAGAGGAUCUCCUACCUCUACAACACACUCCUGAGCCGCAGAGCCAACCCGCUGGCUGCCCUGCACCGAGCAGUGAGGCGGCGGGCAGCUGACCAGGGGCGCGCGAGUGUCCUCCAAGUGCUGGCCAGCCGGUGCCCCUGCCUCGGUCCGUUUGUCAGCUACUUUCAGCAGCGUCAGGCCUACUGCCUGGGCUGUGGGGAGCCCCCGGGCAAGGGGGACAUGGAGAGCUUCGUGUCCUGCAGUACCUCAGGCUGCCAAGGUCUUUACUGCCUCGCCUGCUACCGCCUCCUGGCCCACACCUGCUCUGUGUGUGCCUCUGCCCUCUCCUCUCAGGGGGACCUGGACCUGGAGCUGGACUCUAGUGAUGAGGAAGGCCCCCAGCUAUGGCUGGCUGCAGCUGGAAAAACGGGCCCUGAGCAAGAGAAGUUACUGCAGCAACAGCUCCGGGAAGCGCUGCAUGCCAUGGGAUCCAGCUCCGAGUCCAGUGACCUGGAUGAGAGGCCUGGGCAGAGCACGCAGAGGCAGCAGCCCCUACCUGAAGCCCAGGAGUCCGUGAGCAUAUCCACGCCCCCUGGGCUCCCCCGACCACCUUCCUCAGCCUCAGGAUCCCCUGUCUCCCAGUCUCUCACCUCCCUUUCCUCCUGAUCCCUCCCUCCCACCUGCUCCUAAAAUAAAGGAACCGAAAAGUGGACACAAGUGUGAAUCUUAAAUUAUUAUUAUUUCUUCCUGUCGCUUACACCCGAGGUGGGGGUCAGGAGUAGGGGAUGGGAACAGGAGGGGGGAAUGCCCCCCCUAAGGCACUGACUGGGAAAGCCUCAAGAAGGGAGAGGGGCCACACUGUCCCCAUUCCCUGGGGCUAGGCCCCAGGUCUCCCCAGCCCUGGG